AGUGGGAACAGGAAUAAGCAGAGUUAGGAGGCCAGGACAAAAGAAGUUAAAGAGCGCCUAAUAUAUACAUGUUUUUGAAGGCGGGCAGAGGGAAAACUGUCCCCCCAGUGAGGGUCUAUGGGCCUGAUUGUGUAGUUCUGAUGGAGCCCCCUUUGAGCAAGAGGAACCCGCCAGAGCUGAGAUUAGCGGAUUUGGCAACGGCUCAGGCCCAGCCGCAUCAGAAUAUGACAGGCUUCCCGGAGCUGGCCAACCCGCCCGCCCACUCCCAACUCCGCGCCGCUACCGCGCACCUCCACCCGCUGGACCUGAGUACUGACCCCAGCGUGGCCGUCACUGCCCUCGGACCUGAGCACAUGGCCCAGGCGAGUGCGCAGAGCCUCAGCCUUCCCUCCCAGGUGCUCUCGGCGCAGCCCGAGGCUCCAGCGGCUGCUGCCCGCACUGUGGCCGCGGUCGCGCACCCAGGCUCGGGCACCUACCCCGGCGGCGGGGGCAGCAGUGGCGCGCAGUCCUCCGCGCCCCCGCCCCCAGCCCCUCCUCUUCCUCCCUCCCCUUCACCCCCUCCUCCUUCCCCUCCCCCGCCUCCUCCUUCUGCCCUCUCGGGCUACACCACCACCAACAGUGGCGGCGGCGGCAGCAGCGGCAAAGGCCACAGCAGGGACUUCGUCCUCCGGAGGGACCUUUCCGCCACGGCCCCCGCGGCGGCCAUGCACGGGGCCCCGCUUGGAGGGGAGCAGAGGUCCGGCACCAGCUCCCCCCAGCACCCCGCCCCGCCUCCCCACUCGGCCAGCAUGUUCAUCUCUGCCAGCGGCACCUACGCGGGCCCGGACAGCGGCGGUGGCCCGGCGCUCUUCCCCGCGCUGCACGACACUCCAGGGGCUCCCGGCGGUCACCCACACCCGCUCAACGGCCAGAUGCGUCUGGGGCUGGCGGCGGCGGCAGCAGCCGCAGCUGCUGAGCUGUACGGCCGCGCGGAGCCGCCCUUCGCUCCGCGCUCUGGGGACGCGCACUACGGGGCGGUGGCUGCCGCUGCGGCCGCCGCCCUGCACGGCUACGGAGCCGUGAACUUAAACCUGAACCUGGCUGCAGCGGCGGCCGCAGCGGCAGCCGGGCCUGGGCCCCACCUGCAGCACCACGCGCCGCCCCCGGCGCCGCCGCCGCCGCCGGCACCCGCGCAGCACCCGCACCAGCACCACCCCCACCUCCCAGGGGCGGCCGGGGCCUUCCUGCGCUACAUGCGGCAGCCAAUCAAGCAGGAGCUCAUCUGCAAGUGGAUCGACCCCGACGAGCUGGCCGGGCCGCCACCGCCACCGCCCCCGGCCGGCGGCGCCAAGCCCUGCUCCAAAACUUUCGGCACCAUGCACGAGCUGGUGAACCACGUCACGGUGGAGCACGUGGGCGGCCCGGAGCAGAGCAGCCACGUCUGCUUCUGGGAGGACUGUCCACGCGAAGGCAAACCCUUCAAGGCCAAAUACAAGCUCAUCAACCACAUCCGCGUGCAUACUGGCGAGAAGCCCUUCCCCUGCCCCUUCCCGGGCUGCGGCAAGGUCUUUGCACGCUCUGAGAACCUCAAGAUCCACAAGCGCACUCAUACAGGGGAAAAGCCUUUCAAAUGUGAAUUCGAUGGUUGUGAUAGGAAGUUUGCCAAUAGCAGUGAUCGAAAGAAACAUUCCCAUGUCCAUACCAGUGACAAGCCCUACUACUGCAAGAUCCGAGGCUGUGACAAAUCCUACACUCACCCGAGUUCUCUGAGGAAGCACAUGAAGAUUCACUGCAAGUCCCCUCCACCUUCUCCAGGAGCCCUUGGAUACUCAUCAGUGGGGACUCCGGUGGGUGCCCCCUUGUCCCCUGUGCUGGACCCAGCCAGGAGUCGCUCCAGCACUCUGUCCCCUCAGGUGACCAACCUCAAUGAGUGGUAUGUUUGCCAGGCCAGUGGGGCCCCCAGCCACCUCCAUACACCUUCCAGCAACGGAACCACCUCAGAGUCUGAAGAUGAGGAAAUGUAUGGGAACCCUGAAGUUGUGCGGACGAUACAUUAGAAUUUAUCAUUAUUAAUAAGUGGGAGUCCUUGGACCAUAUCCUAACCUGAGACAAUGCCGAGCCUGAGACAAAUGUGUGACUCAGACUUGCCACUGGUCUAAUUAGCCCUAUUUAUUCAGUAUGAAACCCUACAGUGUUUGUACAUUUAAUUAAUUUAAUUAAGAUAUUUGGGCUUUUUUUUUUUUUUCCCUUAAACAAGCAAAUAAAAAACAACCAAGGUGGACUUGUACAUUGCAGGGAGACAGGGCUGAGGGCAAAUUGUUCCAAGGAAAAAGAAUGGAGACAUUAACCUAGAUACACACUGCCGAUACAUAUACAUAUGCAUGUGUGUGCAUGCAUACAUAUAUAUAUAUAUAUGUGUGUAUAUCUAUAUAUAUAUAUGUAUAUGUAUAUAUAUAUCACACACAUAUAUGCAUGUAGGUGUAUAUAAUUAAAGCGGGGAGGAGAAGAGCAUUAAGUCAGAACUUCACACAGCAACCAGGCCCUCUGCAUUUCCUGGAGUGCCUCUUGAAUGCCUUUGACACCAUAACGCAGGCUGCUUUUGAGCCUCCUUGUCCGGCCCUAAUUCUGCAAAGGCCUCUUGAUUGUAAACCACACACUUGCUGCAUCGCCAACAGAUCCUGGACUGUGCCUGUGUCCAAAAGUAUUUGUAAAAGCCCUUUAAGUUCUAAUAUUUAUAAUUUUUAAUUUCCAUGCUUUUAUUACUGAUCUCACCUUAACACAAUAUUUUUAUACAGGAUUAUUUCUUCAGUACCCUUCCAUGUGUGAUUAAAAAAAAAAAAAAGUGCAGCAACCUUAAUCUAUCUCCAUGUAUUGUGCUACUG